AUGAAACAGAGGCUGGAUGAGGAAACAGGCUGGAUGAGGAAACAGAGGCUGGAUAAGGAAACAGAGGCCGGACACCCCACCGCUAUAUCAGUUGACCGAGCCGAACACCCGACCCCUACAUCAGUUGACCGAGCCGAACACCCCACAACUAUAUCAGUUGACCGAGCCAAACACCCGACCCCUACAUCAGUUGACCGAGCCGAACACCCGACCCCUACAUCAGUUGACCGAGCCGAACACCCGACCCCUACAUCAGUUGACCGAGCCGAACACCCGACCCCUACAUCAGUUGACCGAGCCGAACACCCGACCCCUACAUCAGUUGAUCGAGCCAAUCACCCCACCGCUAUAUCAGUUGACCGAGCCGAACACCCGACCCCUACAUCAGUUGACCGAGCCGAACACCCGACCCCUACAUCAGUUGACCGAGCCGAACACCCGACCCCUACAUCAGUUGACCGAGCCAAACACCCGACCCCUACAUCAGUUCACCGAGCCGAACACCCCACCCCUACAUCAGUUGACCGAGCCGAACACCCGACCCCUACAUCAGUUGACCGAGCCGAACACCCCACCCCUACAUCAGUUGACCGAGCCGAACACCCGACCCCUACAUCAGUUGACCGAGCCGAACACCCCACCCCUACAUCAGUUGACCGAGCCGAACACCCCACCCCUACAUCAGUUGACCGAGCCGAACACCCCACCCCUACAUCAGUUGACCGAGCCGAACACCCCACCCCUACAUCAGUUGACCGAGCCGAACACCCGACCCCUACAUCAGUUGACCGAGCCGAACACCCCACCCCUACAUCAGUUGACCGAGCCGAACACCCCACCCCUACAUCAGUUGACCGAGCCGAACACCCGACCCCUACAUCAGUUGACCGAGCCAAUCACCCCACCACUAUAUCAGUUGACCGAGCCGAACACCCGACCCCUACAUCAGUUGACCGAGCCAAUCACCCCACCACUAUAUCAGUUGACCGAGCCGAACACCCGACCCCUACAUCAGUUGACCGAGCCGAACACCCGACCCCUACAUCAGUUGACCGAGCCGAACACCCGACCCCUACAUCAGUUGACCGAGCCGAACACCCGACCCCUACAUCAGUUGACCGAGCCAACCACCCCACCGCUAUAUCAGUUGACCGAGCCGAACACCCGACCCCUACAUCAGUUGACCGAGCCGAACACCCGACCCCUACAUCAGUUGACCGAGCCAACCACCCCACCGCUAUAUCAGUUGACCGAGCCGAACACCCGACCCCUACAUCAGUUGACCGAGACAGACACCCCACCCCUACAUCAGUUGACCGAGCCGAACACCCCACCCCUACAUCAGUUGACCGAGCCGAACACCCGACCCCUACAUCAGUUGACCGAGCCGAACACCCGACCCCUACAUCAGUUGAUCGAGCCAAUCACCCCACCGCUAUAUCAGUUGACCGAGCCGAACACCCGACCCCUACAUCAGUUGACCGAGCCGAACACCCGACCCCUACAUCAGUUGACCGAGCCGAACACCCGACCCCUACAUCAGUUCACCGAGCCAAACACCCGACCCUUAUAUCAGUUCACCGAGCCAAACACCCGACCCUUAUAUCAGUUCACCGAGCCAAACACCCGACCCUUAUAUCAGUUGACCGAGCCGAACACCCGACCCCUACAUCAGUUCACCGAGCCAAACACCCGACCCUUAUAUCAGUUCACCGAGCCAAACACCCGACCCCUACAUCAGUUCACCGAGCCAAACACCCGACCCUUAUAUCAGUUCACCGAGCCAAACACCCGACCCCUAUAUCAGUUCACCGAGCCAAACACCCGACCCUUAUAUCAGUUGACCGAGCCGAACACCCGACCCCUACAUCAGUUCACCGAGCCAAACACCCGACCCUUAUAUCAGUUCACCGAGCCAAACACCCGACCCUUAUAUCAGUUCACCGAGCCAAACACCCCACCCCUAUAUCAGUUCACCGAGCCGAACACCCGACCCCUACAUCAGUUGACCGAGCCGAACACCCGACCCCUACAUCAGUUGACCGAGCAAGACACCCGACCCCAAUAUCAGUUGACCGAGCAAGACACCAAACCCCUACAUCAGUUGACCGAGCCGAACACCCGACCUCUAUAUCAGUUGACCGACCCGAACACCCGACCCCUAUAUCAGUUGACCGAGCCGAACACCCGACCUCUAUAUCAGUUGACCGAGACGAACACCCGACCCCUAUAUCAGUUGACCGAGCCAAACAGCCCACCGCUAUAUCAGUUAACCAAGCCAAACACCCCACCGCUAUAUCAGUUGACCGAGCCAAACACCCCACCGCUAUAUCAGUUGACCGAGCCAAACACCCAACCGCUAUAUCAGUUGACCGAGCCAAUUAUCCAACACCUCUAUCAGUUGACCGAGCCAAACACCCCUAUAUCAUUGACCGAGCCGAACACCCGACCCCUUCAUCAGUUGACCGAGCCAAACACCCCACCCCUACAUCAGUUGACCGAGCCGAACACCCGACCCCUUCAUCAGUUGACCGAGCCGAACACCCGACCCCUUCAUCAGUUGACCGAGCCAAACACCCCACCCCUACAUCAGUUGACCGAGCCGAACACCCGACCCCUACAUCAGUUGACCGAGCCGAACACCCGACCCCUUCAUCAGUUGACCAAGCCGAACACCCCACCCCUAUAUCAGUUGACCGAGCCAAACACCCGACCCCUUCAUCAGUUGACCGAGCCAAACACCCCACCCCUACAUCAGUUGACCGAGCCGAACACCAGACCCCUUCAUCAGUUGACCGAGCCAAACACCCGACCCCUAUAUCAGCUGACCGAGCCAAACACCCCACCCCUAUAUCAGUUGACCGAGCCAAAUACCCGACCCCUACAUCAGCUGACCGAGCCGAACACCCGACCCCUUCAUCAGUUGACCGAGCCGAACACCCGCACCCUUCAUCAGUUGACCGACCGAACACCCCACCCCUAUAUCAGCUGACCAAGCAAAACAUCCCUACAUCAGUUGACUGA